AUGUUGUACACGUGCGAUGUGGCCAAUGAGCAGGGCUUGAAGUGCAGGAAGCAGAUUUUUCUAACAGUAGCAGCUGCAUAUGAGGAACCUGAGCUUGCCAUCCAGACCACCUGCGACAGCGUCACCCUCACCUUCCACUCCGCCCUGGGCUUCCCUCAGCCCACUGUGCUGUGGAGAACCGAGACAGGAAGUGACAUCACCAACCGGAGCAACACCACUAUGGUCCUGAAAGAAGGGGGAACACGUUAUGAGGUGGUGAGCGAGAUGGUGCUGAAGCGGAGUGACCCACACACUGUCACAUUUGAGAUGAGGCUGGAGCUCCUCAACCAGAGCUUCUCCCGCUCCGUCAGCCUCCGCCCACUCCCAGAUGGCUGUGGAACGCCAGUGGAACCCAGGGACAGACUGUUUCUGCUUGUAUCACUAUUAGUGGUACUGGCUUGCUUAGUCAUGACUGUCUUCUGGUACAAAAGCAGCCUGUUGCAUGGACCUUCAACUGAGGUGCAGAGCGAGAUCGAGCGUAUCUUUGAGCUGGCCCGCACCCUGCAGCUGGUAGCCCUGGAUGCCGACACCAUCAACCACCCCGCCCAGCUGGCCAAGACUUCCCUGGCCCCCAUUAUUGUCUACAUCAAGAUCGCCUCACCCAAGAUGUCAUAG